AUGAAAUCAAGUAGAAUACAAAUUCGACAUAAAGUAUCAAUCGCAAAUGCUAAAUGUUGGAAUAUUUUGAAAAGGCAAGCCAUCGAAUUUUGCAAUAACACUGGAUUACAUGGUUAUAAAUACAUCAGCCAAACUCAACGUUCCAAAACAGAGCGAAUUAUUUGGGCGAUAGUGGUAUUCGUGUCAUUAAGUUGUGCUAUUGUUUUAAUAAGAAUGGCUUGGAAUUAUUACGCUACUCAUCCUACUUUAACAGUCAUUGAAUCAACGCAUCAUGGAAUCUGGAAUUAUCCAUUUCCCGCAAUAACUGUGUGCAAUAUUAAUCGCAUAUCUUAUAAUUUGACGAAAAAGUUCGUUGAAAAUUUAAAAACACCAGCCAAUGUCUCGAAAGAAUAUUUAAUUCAAGAAAUGCGGCUAAUGAACGAAUUACUAAGCCCAGGAAUAUUCGGAAAUGAUGUUCAAAGAAACCUUACACGUCUACAAGACAUUAUAGAUGAUAACCAUUUGACCAUUUUUAAAGUAAUGGACUUGAUAACACAAAACUGCAGUACUUUAUUGACAAUGUGUAAAUGGAAAGGUACAAUUGAUCAAUGUGACAAAUAUUUCAAACGAAGUUUAUCACUAGAUGGCUUAUGCUGCAGUUUCAAUUAUUAUACUUUUCCAGAUACAACGACAUUGAAGAAUGUGAGAAGAGCUGCCGCCUGCGGAUUUGAGACUGGUAUGACCAUAGUAGUAAAUUCCGAACCAAAUGAUUAUUACGCUACAACUAUUGGAGCAUAUGGAGUAAAGGUCAUGAUACAUUAUUCAUUUGAUUAUCCAGAUUUUAAUGAUGAAAUUCAACUAGUACGAUUAAACAGUCAACAUUUUGUAACCAUCAAUCCAGCGGAAAUGUAUUCAAAAUCCGAAGUGAAGAACUUGAAAAUUUCUACGCGAAAAUGCAUAUUUAGCGAAGAGGCUGACAAAGUGCUAUAUGCAAAUGUCAAAGAGAGGAAUUUAACUUUCACGGCAUACUCAUAUCACAAUUGUCUUGCAGAAUGUCGAGCUAUAUUAUUUUAUAAUUCAUGGCCAGAGAUGAAUCAAAAACAACAAAAUCUUCCAAAAACAUUAGAUGAUGUAAAUAAAAUACCUUGUGGAUGCAUACCGGAUUGCCUUCUGUAUUAUUAUCCCAUUGAAAGCUCUUUCGGAACUCUCGAUAAUACUGUUUAUUAUAACGGUGCCCGUUUCUCAAAAAACCCUGGUAACGCAACCAGCAUAAGCAAUCAUAGUGUAAUACAUAUAUUUUUCAACGAUUUGGUUGCUUUCCAAUAUCGACGAUCAGUCAAUUAUAGUUGGCGCAAUGUUUUUGCAUCAUUUGGCGGUUUACUUGGACUAUUUGCUGGUUUCAGUCUCAUGUCUAUCUUUGAGUUUCUGUAUUUCUUUAUAAUACGUAUUAUAACUGAUGCUUGUAUCAAUUCAAUGAAACAGAGCAAUAUAUAA